AAUCAAUAAAUCAAAUAAAAUCAAUUAAAUUAAUCUUUUCGUUUCCCUCUUCUCCUUCUUGUUUUCGACAUUGCAUCAAUUAUUAAUCAAUCCGCAGUACAUAAAGAAGACUCGAGAACGACCGUUGCGAAAACCUAUACGUCGUCGUUUAGCCACCGCCACGACGGUACAGAAUCGGAGCCUAGUACCUUUGGUGCUUGCAGUAGCAGAAUAUGAGGCAUACAAGGCCAUUAUUGCUACUGGCAAUUUUUGUAUGUCUAUUUGCUCUAUCUUGUGGCAGAGAACUCAAGAUCAAGUACAAGCACAAAGGUCAUCAUCUCCCUGUUUACAAUCACACUCUGGCCACAAUAUUGGUGGAAUAUGCUUCUGCAGUGUAUAUGUCAGAUUUGACAGAGUUGUUUACUUGGACAUGCUCGAGAUGUGAUGAUUUGACUGAGGGAUUUGAGAUUAUAGAGCUGAUUGUUGACAUUGAGCACUGCUUACAGGCAUUUGUUGGUGUGGCAAAGAACCUUAAUGCUGUGGUUAUUGCCUUUCGAGGAACUCAGGAACAUAGCAUACAGAACUGGGUUGAAGACUUAUUCUGGAAACAGCUUGAUCUAAAUUAUCCUGGCAUGCCUGAUGCAAUGGUGCACCAUGGAUUUUAUUCUGCUUACCAUAACACAACAUUACGCCCUGGAAUUCUAAAUGCUGUUAAAAGAGCAAAGGAUUAUUAUGGAGAUCUUGACAUAAUGGUGACAGGGCAUUCGAUGGGAGGGGCUAUGGCUGCCUUUUGUGCACUUGAUCUAACAGUUAACCAUGAGCCCAAGAAUGUUAUGGUUAUGACAUUUGGACAACCUCGCAUUGGCAAUGCUGCCUUUUCAUUUUACUACAGACAGCAUGUGCCUAAUACAAUCCGGGUCACACACGAGCAUGAUAUUGUGCCUCAUUUGCCUCCAUACUAUAGCUAUUUCCCUCAAAAGACAUACCACCACUUCCCUAGAGAGGUGUGGCUGUAUAAUAUUGGAGUGGGAAGUCUGGUUUACAGAGUGGAGAAGGUCUGUGAUGGCACCGGUGAGGAUCCAGAUUGUAGCAGGUCAGUGAGUGGUACCAGCGUUUCAGAUCAUUUACAUUAUUAUGGUGUUGACUUAAUGGGAACGACAUGGAGAUCUUGUGGAAUUGUGAUGGAUUCUCAUGUGAAGGAAUAUGGCAAAACAGAUAUCAAAGGAAAUAUUGUUUUGUCCAGAGAUGUCGCUUCUCCUAUUCUAAAAUUGAAAACAGAAAGGAAUGGUGGGAGGAACGAGGUUUAGAAAGCAAUUGGCACCAUAACAUGAUUUCUAUUCGUGGGUUUUCUCUCCAACUGAGAGAGUAUCUCCAUUAUCCAUUUGGAGCCCUUCCGAAAAGGUUUAGCUGGUAAAUAUUGUUCUGGGCCUGAAUGGGAAAAGAAUGUGUAUAUAGAUGAACCCCGUAAAUUUUCAACCUUGUUAAUAUGAUGCCAUGUUCGUCUUUAACGUAGGAUUCCAAAUACUGCUGUAAGUUGUGAAAUUCUUAAAUUUUGUUGGAGGGAUCGGCUUCAUUGGUGCCCCUUCUGGAUUUGGCAAAAAUUAUUUAAAUUCAAAUCAAUUUAUUUAAUGCCCUUGGAACUGGGUUCUUAGACUA